AUGGGAGGAUCAAUUGCUGUGCAUGUUGCUGCAAGGAGAUCAUUGUCCACCUUGGCUGGGUUGCUUGUUGUGGAUGUUGUAGAGGGAACAGCAAUGACUUCACUAAUUCAUAUGCAGAAAAUCAUAUCAAGCAGGAUGCAACAUUUUUCAAGCAUUGAAAAAGCUAUUGAAUGGAGUGUCAGGGGUGGCUCUUUAAGAAAUAUUGAUUCUGCUCGUGUAUCAAUCCCUGCCACAUUAAAGUAUGAUGAUUCAAAGAAAUGCUAUCUUUACCGAACUGAGCUGGAAAAGACUGAACAAUAUUGGAAAGGCUGGUAUGAAGGCCUCUCAGAUAAAUUUUUGUCAUGUCCCGUUCCAAAGCUGUUGUUAUUAGCAGGAACAAGAAUGCCCAGAAGUCACACAAUUGGUCAAAUGCAAGGGAAGUUUCAAAUGGCAGUUGUAAGGCAUACAGGGCAUGCUAUUCAGGAAGAUGUACCUGAUGAAUUUGCAACUCUGAUUGUCAACUUCAUUUCUCGUAACCAAAUAGGCCCUCAUGAAAUUGAGAUACCUGGCCCACGCAAGCCAGCCUUUUCAAAACCUUGAAUCUGGUGUUCGAUAGACCAAGAAUGACCACCACUGCGAGAUGAUGAUGGUGAUGGAUUUCUUACUUUGGCAUUCCUUUAGUUUUAAUAUUAUUUUGUAUGGCUCUAUGUUUUGAUGGAGGAGGAGGGUAGGUGAAGCGACAAUAUUUCAGACUAUUAUCAAAUGUAAUGAGCAGAGAGAAAGAUGGGAUUGGACAUAGAUUUGCGCUCAUAGCUAGCCAAGUUAGUGCCUCCAUCAAUGUUAUCCUUGGUUGUAAAGUUUAGGCAUCUGGUGUUUAAAGCAGGGAAUACUCCCGAAAAGGCAAGCCAUGAAAAAAAUGG